AUGUCACACCAGGUGUACCUUGCCAAACAGGUGUACCUGGCCAAACAGGUGUACCUGGCUUACCUGGCCAAACAGGUGUACCUGGCCAAACAGGUGUACCUUGCCAAACAGGUGUACCUGGCCAAACAGGUGUACCUGGCUUACCUGGCCAAACAUGUGUACCUGGCUUACCUGGCCAAACAGGUGUACCUGGCUUACCUGGCCAAACAGGUGUACCUGGCUUACUUGGCCAAACAGGUGUACCUGGCUUACCUGGCCAAACAGGUGUACCUGGCUUACUUGGCCAAACAGGUGUACCUGGCUUACCUGGCCAAACAGGUGUACCUGGCUUACUUGGCCAAACAGGUGUACCUGGCUUACUUGGCCAAACAUGUGUACCUGGCUUGCUUGGCCAAACAGGUGUACCUGGCUUACUUGGCCAAACAGGUGUACCUGGCUUACUUGGCCAAACAUGUGUACCUGGCUUACUUGGCCAAACAGGUGUACCUGGCUUACUUGGCCAAACAGGUGUACCUGGCUUACCUGGCCAAACAGGUGUACCUUGCCAAACAGGUGUACCUGGCCAAACAGGUGUACCUGGCUUACUUGGCCAAACAGGUGUACCUGGCUUACUUGGCCAAACAGGUGUACCUGGCUUACCUGGCCAAACAGGUGUACCUGGCCAAACAGGUGUACCUUGCUUACCUGGCCAAACAGGUGUACCUGGCUUACCUGGCCAAACAGGUGUACCUGGCCAAACAUGUGUACCUGGCUUACUUGGCCAAACAGGUGUACCUGGCUUACUUGGCCAAACAGGUGUACCUGGCUUACCUGGCCAAACAGGUGUACCUGGCCAAACAGGUGUACCUGGCUUACCUGGCCAAACAGGUGUACCUGGCUUACUUGGCCAAACAGGUGUACCUGGCUUACUUGGCCAAACAGGUGUACCUGGCUUACUUGGCCAAACAGGUGAGGAAAUAUACGACUCUUAGGAAGAAAUAUACGACUCUUAGGAAGAAAUAUACGACUCUUAGGAGGAAAUAUACGACUCUUAGGAGGAAAUAUAAGACUCUUAGGAAGAAAUAUACGACUCUUAGGAGGAAAUAUACGACUCUUAGGAAGAAAUAUACGACUCUUAGGAAGAAAUAUACGACUCUUAGGAAGAAAUAUACGACUCUUAGGAAGAAAUAUACGACUCUUAGGAGGAAAUAUACGACUCUUAGGAGGAAAUAUACGACUCUUAGGAGGAAAUAUAAGACUCUUAGGAAGAAAUAUACGACUCUUAGGAAGAAAUAUACGACUCUUAGGAAGAAAUAUACGCCAAUUAACAACCCUCAGCCACCGCCAGAGCUGCGACCUCAGCCACCGCCACCGCCAGAGCUGCGACCUCAGCCUCAGCCACCACCAGAGCUGCGACCUCAGCCUCAGCCACCACCAGAGCUGCGACCUCAGCCUCAGCCACCGCCAGAGCUGCGACCUCAGCCUCAGCCACCACCAGAGCUGCGACCUCAGCCUCAGCCACCGCCAGAGCUGCGACCUCAGCCACCACCAGAGCUGCGACCUCAGCCACCACCAGAGCUGCGCCCUCAGCCACCGCCAGAGCUGCGACCUCAGCCUCAGCCACCGCCAGAGCUGCGACCUCAGCCUCAGCCACCACCAGAGCUGCGACCUCAGCCUCAGCCACCGCCAGAGCUGCGACCUCAGCCACCACCAGAGCUGCGACCUCAGCCACCACCAGAGCUGCGCCCUCAGCCACCGCCAGAGCUGCGACCUCAGCCUCAGCCACCGCCAGAGCUGCGACCUCAGCCUCAGCCACCGCCAGAGCUGCGACCUCAGCCUCAGCCACCACCAGAGCUGCGACCUCAGCCACCACCAGAGCUGCGACCUCAGCCUCAGCCACCACCAGAGCUGCGACCUCAGCCUCAGCCACCACCAGAGCUGCGACCUCAGCCUCAGCCACCGCCAGAGCUGCGACCUCAGCCUCAGCCACCGCCAGAGCUGCGACCUCAGCCUCAGCCACCACCAGAGCUGCGACCUCAGCCACCGCCAGAGCUGCGACCUCAGCCUCAGCCACCACCAGAGCUGCGACCUCAGCCACCGCCAGAGCUGCGACCUCAGCCACCGCCAGAGCUGCGACCUCAGCCUCAGCCACCGCCAGAGCUGCGACCUCAGCCUCAGCCACCGCCAGAGCUGCGACCUCAGCCUCAGCCACCACCAGAGCUGCGACCUCAGCCACCGCCAGAGCUGCGACCUCAGCCACCGCCAGAGCUGCGACCUCAGCCACCGCCAGAGCUGCGACCUCAGCCACCGCCAGAGCUGCGACCUCAGCCACCGCCAGAGCUGCGCCCUCAGCCACCGCCAGAGCUGCGACCUCAGCCUCAGCCACCGCCAGAGCUGCGACCUCAGCCUCAGCCACCGCCAGAGCUGCGACCUCAGCCUCAGCCACCGCCAGAGCUGCGACCUCAGCCUCAGCCACCGCCAGAGCUGCGACUUCAGCCACCGCCAGAGCUGCGACCUCAGCCUCAGCCACCGCCAGAGCUGCGACCUCAGCCACCACGUCUGCCCCUGUCAUCACCACCUCUCCAGCGGCACCGGCAGAUAUCCUGUCUGCUGACGCCCUCCCUCUGA